AGUAUUCAAAAGGUGUUCAUAUCGUGUAAUAGUGUACAUUUUUUUUCUCAAAAUGAAUUUUACAUUUUUAUUUUUUUUCGUUUUAUUUUGUGAAGUUGUAACUUUUACUGACGCUUUGAAAGCGAACGACCGAGGCGUAUGUGUGGUAUCAAGAAGCGUUCGAAAAACGAGGGCGAAGAACUAUAGAGUGAGAAUAAAUAAAAUGUGCGGGACCAAACGAUGCAUCGUUGUGAAGACAAAAGUUGAGGCAUACAAGCAGACGCAGAACGAAACAGUUUGCUGCAAUGGCUGGAUAUAUGAGAGCCAAGCAGACGCGUGCUCGCCUUCCUGUAGCACAGGAUGCAAUGGAGGAAGAUGCAUCGCGCCGGAAGUAUGCCAGUGCGACCCUCCUGCAAUUUUACAUCCGGAGCACAAGAAUAGUUGCUUCACUCCUACGUGCGAACCCGCUUGUCUUAACGGAAUAUGCGUGGCACCAGAUACGUGUUCCUGCCAUGAGGGUUACGAAAACAUUAACGGUAGAUGUCAGGCCAAGUGUGAAUCAUGUAUACAUGGAGAGUGUAAAACUCCAAACGUUUGUGAGUGUUUCGCCGGUUAUAAUAUGACUGACGGUAUCUGCAACCCUAUAUGUGAUGGAUGUAAAAAUGGAGUUUGUACAGCUCCAUAUACAUGUGAAUGCAAUGAGGGCUACACGAAGAAUGUGACCAGUAUCAACUGUCGCAAGCCUUGCCCGGACAACUGUAAGAGUUGCGAUGAUGAUGGAAUUUGUUUGGACGGCGUUUGCGGGUGA